UGUUUCACAAAUUCCUUUUCUUCGAUUCUGCCUGCUGCUAUUCUGUCCUGUGCUAUCCGGGGGCUGUUAUUUCCAACAAGGUAUGGAAGUUAAGAUGGAAAUGAAGGUGGAAGAUGCAUAUAGGAAGUCAAUGGAGACAGUGUUGAAUUGGAUACAAGAUACUGUAAAUCUUAACAAGAGUCAAGUUUUCUUUCGUACAUAUACACCCGUGCACUUCAGAAGUGGAGAUUGGAGAAGCGGUGGAAGUUGUCAUUUGGAAACACUGCCAGAGCUUAACAUGUCAUUAGUGCCUAAUGAUAACUGGUCACAAUUCAAAAUAGGCAAUUCAUUGCUAUCAUCACACAAAAACAGCACUGAACUUGUCAAGUUAAAAAUAUUGAAUAUAACAGAGAUGACAGCUCAGAGAAAAGAUGGACACUCAUCAAUUUACUAUCUUGGUCCGAAUGGCGGCACGGCGGCACUCCAUCGGCAAGAUUGCAGCCACUAGUGUCUGCAUGGUGUACCUGAUACAUGGAAUGAGCUGCUUUAUGCAAUGUUCAUGAAACAUGAAGGCUUCUCAUAGCAAGGAACUUCAAAGAGUCGUGGAAUUCUUUUUUAUUUGUCUUGGGCAGCAAGGACUCACAAAUUGUUCUCAACAGUCUCAAAAAGACGCUAACACGUUACACAGUACAAGACUUGAAUUUUGGAGUACAUAUAUACAAUCAUAGAUAAAAGCCUUUGAUUGUGCAGAUAUUUUGAUUAGUGUUGUUAUGAACAUAUUUCUUCUUUUAUGUUAUUACCGGGAAUAUAGUUU